CAGCUUGCUCUCGCCAUGCACCUCGCACAUCUCAUCCUCACCGUCUUCCUGGGACAGCUCCUCGGCACCUCGGGACAGAUCACGGUCAACCAGGAAGAUGAACAAGUCAUGGUGAAGGAGGGACACACCUUCCACACCAUCUGCAAAUAUCAGACCAGUGUUAUUAAUGCCUUGCUCUGGUACCAGCUGCGGAAAGGCCAAGCCCCCCAGCUGCUCUCCUAUCAAUCAGGGACUAGUCCCAGGCACAGCGGCCGUAUCACCACGCACCUGAACAUCACGGGGGAAUCCAGUGUGCUGAAGGUGGAGGAAGUGCAGGGCUCUGACAGUGCCUUGUACCUGUGUGCUGUGCAAGACACCCUGGACACUGGAUAUACAAACAGACUGACCUUUGGAAGUGGGACCAGGCUGCUGGUAAAGCCCAAAGUUACUCCAUCUCCCUCAGUCUACAGGCUGACCUCUAAAGAUGACCAGAAUCUGGAAAUGUGCCUUAUCACAGAUUACUCCCCUGAAAAGCUCGAUCUUAACUCAGCUGAGCAGCACACAUCUGCUGUUGUGGAGGUGGAAAGUGCAGAGAGCAGCAAGGAAUCCAGCUACCUGUCCACCUACUGGGCCAAGAGGGAUGAGCUGCACUGUGGUGCCAGGCACGAGGGCUUUGGAGAGCUGCAGGGCGAGGACCCUGAGAGUGGUGCCAGUGCUGUCUGUGUCACAGGGCUGUCCCCACACUUCAGGACAGAUGAACGCCUGAACACACUGUCUCUAUCACAGCUGGGCCUCAAAAUAGUUUUAAUGAAAGCAGUACUUUUUAAUGUGCUGAUGACGAUGCUUGUGUGGAAGAAGAAAAAGGACUGAAAGUGGUGCAGUCCUGCAGUACCAAAACCAUCAGAGAGCAUCGUGAGCAGGAGGGAGCACGGGGACAUUCCUCGUGCAGAGGACAUCAUUGCUGUUCUUAUAAACCACUCCAGCCAUUAUAUUAUAAAUUGCUUUAUUUGCAUUGCUUUAAAACUACUCAAAAGGAAACAUUUUCAGCAUUCUGCCCUCCUGGGUCAUUCACCAUACAGAGCCUCUUCUGCAUGAAGCAGACUUUGCUAUAAUCACACCCUGCCAAGCAUCACUGUUACUUGCAUUAAAAUGAUGAGUUCUGCCUGCAGCAAUGCAGUUUGUUAAAAACUGCAAGCUAAAUAUCACCUGAAUGGGAACUUUUCCCAUUUGGGUAGCUUUAGGGUAUUCGUGUCUCUUACAAACCUUUUCAGGUGCAAAUGAAACACUUUGAAAAACAAAGGGAAACUGACUCAGGAUACACUGUCCUGCCAGGCUUUGCUAGAUCAAAGCAAAAUAUCCCUUUUUUUCCCCCUAAAGGAUGAGCUGCAGGUCUCCCAGAAGUCCCAAAUUCAGUGAAAUUUUCACUUCAAUAUCACAGGGAAAAAAAAAAGAAAAAUAAUAUUUUUUAUUAUU